CCCGCCUCCACAAGAGCAAUGUCAAACACCGCAGACGCCUUGGAGGCUGUGACAGCCACAAAUGACGAAGUUGGAAUAGAGAAAGCACUUCCUUCAGACGCGGAAGCAAUCAAGCAGAUUGUUAUCGCUGCUUACUCGAAAUACGUCCCGCGUAUGGGUGGUCAAAAGCCAGCACCAAUGAUCGCCAAUUAUCACGCCAUCAUCACCUCCCACUCCCAAGAGGUCUUCGCGCUCCGCCGGCACGAAGACGGCAAGGUGAUGGGAUCUAUAUUACUCUCGGACCCUGGUGAUGGUUCCGUCAAAGUUAACAAUCUCGUCGUUGAUCAGGCUGCUCAGGGCCGUGGCUACGGAACAUUGCUCAUGGCCUUCGCAGAGCGAAUGGCUCGCGAUAGAGGCCGGGCGGCGCUGACGUUGUUCACAAACGAGAAAAUGACGGAAAACAUUGUCAUGUAUCCAAGGAUGGGGUUUGUUGAGGUGGAGAGAAAAGUAGAGGACGGCUACUCUCGGGUAUACUUUCUGAGGCUGGGGUUUUACAAGCACUUUUAG